GUGUUGUUCAGCUACCUUGAUACUGCGACACAGAUUUCAGAUUGGCUUCAUUUCUUACUUCCUCACACUUCGAAUCGACGCCUUCCCGCCGUUAAUUCCAAUAAUCUUCGAUACGAUACGGUGUACGAGGAGGGUGAACAAUGUCAGAGGGUGUAAAGAAACAGGACUUUGUUGAAGAUCCUCACAAGAAUCAAGUUACUUCUGUAGAAAAUCCUGCGGAUAAUCUCCAACAUCCAGAUUCAGAUAACAAUACAAAUGGUGAAAAUCCCAUGCCCUCGCCACAACAGGAGGAAGAAGUUAUCAAGAAAAAGUAUGGAGGCCUAAUACCAAAGAAGCCCCCACUAAUAUCCAAGGAUCAUGAACGCGCUUAUUUUGAUUCUGCUGAUUGGGCAUUGGGGAAGCAAGGAGCACAAAAGCCCAAAGGACCACUGGAAGCACUUCGCCCAAAGUUGCAGCCAACAACGCAGCAGACACGUUCAAGGCGCUCAGCUUAUGCUCCAGCAGAUGAAGGUGAAGCAGACGGCUCCAGCAACAAUUCCUCGCUAGAGCAUCAAAGUGCCACCGAAGAUGUUGACAGCGAUAACACUAAUACUUCUCAGGACCAAUGCCAUUAAUAGCUACUGGUUUUUGUGCUAUCAAUUGCAUUUUGACACAGCAAUGCUCCCUUUUUCCCCCUUCUUUUCCAUCUGAAUUUAGAUCAAGAUGAUCAUGCAUACUGAGUUGCUUGUGCUAAUAACAAGGUGAGAAUUUAUGAAGCAGGUGCACUUGUAACCUUUGUAUUAGAUACUAUGUACUCUCGGUAUGUAUGACAUUUCCUGAAUGUGCUUGGAUUGCACCAUGAGAGAUCUUAUACUUUACAUUCAUUUGUCAAGCAGCAUAUGUGCCAGUUGUAACAUUUGAAGUCUCAUCGAGCAUAACCAUCUAUAAUAAAAUUAACUG